UUCUUCAUCAAAAAACACAUCAUCUUAAGCUAGGGUUACAAUUUUUUUUUAUCUAGUACAAGUAUCCUUCAUAAGAGAUAAUUUUGUUCGAAUCGAGCACAUCAACAACAACAUUAUGGUGACACAAGGAGAAAUGGGACAUAUGAAGAGGCCAUGCGAUGCCUUGGCGUGCAAGUAGGAAACGCAACACAAUCACAAAAAUGAGCAUUUAAGCGAGCGAGAAAAGCAAACCCUAAUGUUAGAACGUAACAUCUGAUCAACAUGGCGAGUGAAUCUGGAACGAGAGAUCCUUCAACUCCGAUGUCGUCGAAUUCCAUUGAAUCCUCCUACAUUGGUUCCUUCAUUAGCUUGAUUUCCAAGUGCGAUGUUCGCUACGAGGGCGUUCUCUCUUCUCUCAACAUUCACAAUUCCACCAUCGCCUUGAACAACGUUAGAUCCUAUGGAACUGAGGGGAGAAGAAAAGAUGGUCCACAAGUUCCUCCAAGUGAUAAAGUUUAUGAAUACAUUCUUUUCAGAGGAAAUGAUAUUAAGGUAAUCAUAGUGUUAUUGUUUAGCUGA